CACUGAGAGUCAGCACUGGAGUUUCUCUCACUGGAUACGGCACACUCUUAUAGGAUUUGGCUCUGAGGAACUUUUUCUUUCUUUCUUUCUUUCUUUCUUUCUUUCUUUCUUUCUUUCUUUCUUCUCAAAUGAAAUAUUGAGGAGUUGUGUUGAAGAAUGCUUUUGGAUAAGUCCAGCAGCAUGAGUUUGAUGGACAUCUCGAAGAUCUUCUCUCUUCUUCAACCCAAAGAGGAUGAGGAGGAAGACACCAACUUCUGUCAGCAGCUCAAUCAAGCCGUCUUCAAUGACAACGACAAACUCCUCACAGAUCUUCUAUCUCAGGAGGAGUUCAGGAGAUGCAUCAAUCACCGCAGCGGUUGGGGCAUCCCGGUCACUCCAUUGCGCACGGCCGCGGCUCAGGGUCAUCUCCGCUGUCUGGAGCUUCUGCUGGUUCAUGGAGCCGAGGUGGACAGCCUUGAUGUGAAAGCCCAGACACCACUCUUCACAGCUGUUAGCGCCAAACAUCUUGACUGUGUUGUGGCUUUAUUAAAAGCUGGAGCGAACCCGAAUGGCAGCCCAUAUAACAACUGCUCCCCCGUGCUCACUGCGGCCCGAGAGGGUGAUGUUGAUAUCCUUAGGGAGCUCUUGCAGCAUGGCGCUGAAGUCGACGUCAAAACAAAAAUGCCCGACUGGGCCACAAACUCAACAUCCUGUCGAGGACCGCUCUAUAUUUCUGCUGUUUAUGGGCAUCUUGAUUGUUUCAAACUGUUGCUGCAGUAUGGAGCGACCCCAGACUAUAACUGUACUGAGGAGAAGAUACUAAGCAGGAUGAAACAACCCAAGACGGUGCUGGAGAUGUGUCUCAGAUACGGAUGUGGACUGGAAUAUAUUCAGCUUCUCAUAGACUUUGGAGCAAACGUAUAUCUGCCCACUUUAAUCAUUGAUAAAACCAUCAGACAGAAUGAAGCAGUGAUGCUAUUACUCAAAGACAGAGUUUGUCCUAAAACACUGAUGUCUCAGACGCGGCUUUCAGUACGAAAGUUCCUUCCCCUGGAAAACAAGAUGAGCUCCAUAGACAGUCUGGAUAUUCCUCAAAUACUGAAGAACUAUUUGAAACACACAUGCUGAUUUUCCCUACUGAUGUGUAUAACAUCUUGUAAGAUUUUAGUUCAUGUUAUUUUUCCCUUUUUAUACAAUUUUGUCAUAUUUUUCUGUAUGAAGAAUUCUGAUAAUAAAGUUAAUGGGAUGCUUUUAUUAUUUAUACAAAAAAGAUUUAUAAUAUCAAUUCUACAGCUAUUCUAUGUCAAAUUCAUGUAUGUAUCAGGUUUGUUCUUUUUCUGUUGUAAUGGUGUAAUGAAUAAAUGUGAAACACUGUCCUAUAAUGGUUUAAAUGUUUACUGCCAAAGACAGUGUGUGAUUUUUGGAAGGUAAUUUCUGUUUCUGAUAACUAUUAGACGAUUCAUUGUCAGUUUUACUUAUUUUGAGAGAGAAACUGUUUGCUAAUAAUUCAUGAGUUAUUUAAAAUGAUCAUAAUCACAAUCUAAAAAAAUCAUAAUGAUUUAAAGUAAGAUUGUCAGGGUGAAAUUUAAAGUAAGAUUGUCAGGGUGAAAUUUAAAGUAAGGGUUGUACUAGAAAUGUCCUUAUUAAGAACUAGCCAAUGCUACAUAAAAUAAAUAAAUGGUCAUAUAAUUUAAUUGAACAUUUUAAUAAAUACUUGAAUAUUUGAAGGGAUAUUCUGGGUCCAGAUUGACUUGGACAACUUUUUUUUUAUUAUUAUUAUUAUUAUUUUUAAAUUUGUAAUUGUAACUUCUAAAAGUAGCUUAGCAAAUAUUAUAGUGCUUUGAAAUAUGUUUUUAAUCAAAGUGCAAUUGAACAUUACAUUUAGUUGCUGCUGGACAUUUUAUAAAUGUCAUACUAUUCAAAACAGUGUUACAGACACACAAUAGGUCAGUUCAUUUGAUGAAAAUAAUGCACAAUUAAUCAACUAAUAAAACAUACCUACAAUUAUCACAUUUGAAAUGAGCAAGACUAGUUCUUUCCUGUGCAAACUAUUGCAAUGAUCAAUAUUAUAUCAUAUAUAUACAGUGAAUAAAUCUAUGUCCUGCCAUCAGAGGUCACUGUUACAGCAGUAUUGAUCAUAAUGUGUCAUAAUGGUUAAAUACACUGUCUCUCCACACAUGCAAUUAUUUCUGUACAAUUAUUGGAUUGCAAAUUUGAUUUUGAAGAUUUGACUGGAUUUGUGUAUUUCUUUUAUUUGAUUGAUGUGUUUGUCAUGAAAACUCUGCAUACAAAAACCCAUUAUAUGUUGUAUUAUUAUUAUUAUUAUUAUUAUUAUUAUUAUUAUUUUGUGUGUGGUUUA